UGUGCAAUACACAAUAACAACAACAACAUCAAUAUUGUCAACAACACAACAGGAGGGGAGCAGCAACGACACAACAGCAACAACAAUAUUUAACAUCAAAUUAACACCACCAAUAACAAAUACAGUAAACAACAACAAUAACAGCAACAUUCAGAGUCAGUAGGGAAAAGAACAACAACAAGUCAACACAUCGUACAGCAGAAAUACGCGAAAUCAAUAUUGAAUGGGUUUUUGGCAGAAAAAAAGCAAGCAGUGAGUGAGUGAGUGACAGAGAGAAAGAGAGUGAUUACUUAAAUGUAAUAGCGCGGUUAUUAGAAAGAGUACGUGAGUGAGUGUGGUGUGACACAAAAGAGCCAGGGAAAAACGUAAAAGAAAAUAAACAAAUCAAAUUUGUUAGAGACCGAGCUCAAACGUUACGAGCAAUCGUAAAUUUCACAUUUCCCGGCAAAAGACAAAAAACGAAACUAAGUUUCUCGCUUUUUCCAUUUUCAAUUAAGACUAGUAAACCACUUACAACAACAACAAAAAAAGCGGCAGACAUUAAUGUUGCCGACAGUGUUGGAAAACGUAAUUGUGUCGCUCUUGUGCAAAAAUUGAUUGGUGUAGCAGCAGCAGAACUGAAAAGAACUCGCCGCCAUAAACAACACACAAAAAAAAAAUCAACACAACACAACAAGUCAGACAGGCAGAGUCAGAAACAAGAAUCAAAACACGAGCAAACCUAUCGUCGUUUUCUUCGUCGUACGUAAACAUAACACAGAACCGAAACACCAACCAACCGAUUCUUCGUGUGUUGUUCUUCAAUCGUAUGUACACCGAUCCAAUUGUGUCGGCUGCCACUGCUGUGCCGUUGUUGGUGUAUAUGUAUAUUGCGAUUGCGGAUUCUAAAUUGGCGAAUUAGCAGCACAAAACAUAACAACCACAAAAAAUAUAGCAAGACAAAAAAGUAAUCUGUAAUAUUUCAUGGCCACCGGUUCUACGACAACAAACAACAACAACAGCCUUAAUAUCCCGCCCACCCAAUAUACCCAAAUCUACGGCAAUACCAAUAACAAUAACCACAACAGCAACAACAACAAUAAUCAAUACGCUAAUAAUAGCAGCAACAUUUACAACGGCAACAACAACAACCACAACAACAGCAGCAGCAGCAUUACAUCUUCCAACAACAGUUGCAGUAACAGCCUCACCAUAAACAACAACAACAUAAAUUCAAGCAACAGCAGCAGUGUUACGGUUACGGCCGACGCUGCGACUGUGGCUAUAGCUAAAGAUAUGUUACAAUUGCAUCAUGGCUCGGCAUUGAAUAAUAACAACAAUAACAACAACAACAACAUCAAUGAUGGCUUAAAUUCACCUGCUCACAAUAACAACAAUAGCAACAACAACAACAACAAUUCCUCUUCAAAUUCUGCCACGAUUAAUAAUCGUAACUCAAAUACGAUGACGCUAGCAACCCCACCUGCCCCUCAACAACAACAACAGCAACAACAACACCCGCAGCCGCCGCAGCAGCAAAUGCAACUGCAACAACAACAAAGACCACCGCCACCUCCCGAACAUGCUGUGGGUUUUCUCAAAUAUGAAAACGAACUGCUAUACAUCACCGAAACCUGCACCGUUAUUGGACGUAACUCCUCAACGUCUCAUGUCCACUUUCAUGUGGCCGAAAACAAUUUGGUAUCCCGCAAACAUUUUCAGGUUCUGUUCGAUCCCGAGACUCGAGAUUUCUACGUACAAUGUCUGAGUAAGAAUGGCAUAUUUGUGGAUGAUUUCUUGCAGAGACGCAAUGCGGAUCAUUUGAAAUUACCAGCCAGUUGCUAUUUCCGUUUCCCCAGCACCGAAAUACGCAUCCAAUUCGAAAGUUUCUUGCAUACGGACUCCUCACCACCGGAUUCUCUGGCCGGCAGCCACAACAACAUGAGUAAUAGCUCCAUGAAUAAUAAUCAUCAUAACAUCUCUUCAUCCUCUUCCUCCGCCUCCUCUCAUCAUAUAUUAAGUGGGCAUGGUGGUGGUAGUAGUGGUGGUGGUGGUGGUGGCGGUGGCGGCAGCAUCUCUGCCAGUAAUGUUCAUCAAGUUAUUAUAUCACCUGCCUCGGCCGAUGAGUUGAACAAUCAACAGCAUCAACAACAUCAUCCCCAUCAUCAACAGCAACUGCAUGGUGGCCAUACCACUGGCCAUCAGAUGCAACAUGUUACAUCGCAGCAACAACAGCAUCAGCAUCAUGCCACAUCCGCUGGCGGUGGCGGCAGCGGCGGCGGCGUUGCUUCACACUUGCUACCGGUGGAUAAUUCGAAUGUUAUUUAUUCACCACUGAAAAUAGCGAUACCUAAAAAGGAACAAAAGAGUCCUUAUCUAUCACCCACUGGUACAAUAAGUGCAGCCAAUAGUUGCCCGGCUAGUCCGCGUCAAGGUUUUCAUCAAAAUCAAAAUAACUAUAAUAAUUAUAGUAAUAAUAAUAUACAAAAUCAACAAGAUUUAUUCCAAACCCCAUCAACCGCCAGUUAUAAUCAUAAUGAGAAACCACCCUAUAGUUAUGCUCAAUUAAUUGUACAGGCAAUAUCGGCGGCACCCGAUAAACAAUUGACACUGUCGGGCAUUUAUUCAUUCAUUGUCAAGCAUUAUCCUUAUUAUCGCAAAGAGACAAAUAAGGGUUGGCAAAAUUCCAUACGUCAUAAUCUCAGUCUAAAUAGGUAUUUUAUUAAAGUUGCUCGUUCUCAAGAUGAACCCGGUAAAGGUAGCUUCUGGCGCAUUGAUCCGGACAGUGGUGCAAAACUAAUAGAUCAUAGCUAUAAGAAACGUCGCCAACGUAGCAGCCAGGGUCUACGGCCACCGUAUGGCAUGCCACGUUCAGCUCCUGUUUCUCCAAGUCACAUGGAAGAGUAUUCUGCGGAUAAUUCACGGGAAAGUUCACCAUUGCAGGAUAUUGUUUUGCAAUCUGCACCCGGUUCACCUGGUAUGUCAUUGGAAAAUCGUAAUGUUGAUAAUGAAAUUGUUUACCAAAACCAGAAUAUUCAACAAUUCGGUACCAACAAUGCCCAUCAAUAUAGCAGCAGCCCCUAUAUAACAAAUCAAAAUCAAGUUAUAACCCAGCAACAGCAGCAACAUCAUCAAGAAGUGGUUGCCAGCAGUGGAGGUGGCGGCGGAGGUGGUGGCGGUGGCGUUGGUGCUCUUAUUGCUCUCAAACGUAAUCAUGCAAUGGCUGCAGCUGGUACUAAUGCAGUCGUCAUCGGUGGUGGCGGUGGUGGUAAUACGGCAAUAACUUUGCAACAGCAACAACAGCAGCAACAGCCUAAUUUACAGGGUCUACAUCCAGAUAUAAUCUAUGAAGAAAUGCCAACGGAUUAUAGUGGCAAUAUUGUGGAAUCGGGUGAUGAAUGUGAUGCUGGUACUAAAAGGCCAAAAGUAGAAGUACUCUGAUGUGUUAAAAAACGGAAAUUGAAAAAGCAACAACAACUAUUGAAAAGAGCAGCGGCAGCAGCCAGAGCGGUUGCUACUACUACAGCAUCGGCGACAUUGUCAUCAUCAUCAUCAACACCAUCAUCAUCAACUACGGUCGUUGUUGUUGUUGGCAAAUAAUUAUUUUUAUCAUAUAUAACAUAUAUGAACAAAAAAAACAAAAAUGAUACGAUCUAUUAUUAUUUUUUCCUUUUUUUAAAUUAGGCUUUAAUUUUUUUUGUUUCCAAAAGAAAAUGGAAAUUUUUAAGAAAAAAAUCCCAAAUCUAAACCAAAACAACAGCAACAACUUCUAUAUUCAUUUACUUUCCAAACAAACAAAAAAGAAUACCAAUUGUAUCCUUCAACUUUUUCCUCUUCUUUCCCUCGAAACACGCAGUAUAUUAUUUUUUUUUCGCACACAGUUGACUUUUGUUUCUACAUCGUUUUUUCUUUGUUUCUUCUACUACACGGAUUACCUGCCUUCCUUAUCUCUAGCCCUACCCCCACCCCCUCACCAUUAACAACAUUUCAUCACUCCUUUGGACUCUAUUUUUUUACGAUCGCAGCAAAAACAAACAACAAACCAAGAACAUUUAAAAUAUCUAAUCCUAAUUUUAUUAUUAUUUUUUUUUUUAAUUUGAUUUUGAAAACAAAGAAAUCAUUAAUUUUUCUCUUUAAAAAAAUGAACGUUUUAAGUCUUAACGUUAUUUGAUUUAAUAAUAUAAAUAAUAAUAAUUAUGUAAUAUUAUUAUAUAUAAACAACAACAAAAUUAUUGUUUUUAAAAAACACAUCAUUCUUAACAACAACUCCCCAAACAGCACUACUUCAAUGCUAUAUUAAAACAAACAAAAAAAACUAAACUAAACAAAAUCCAAUCCAAUCUUAAAAUACAUCUUUAAGAGAACAUAUGCGCUUCAUAUGGAAUUCGAAGAAAAAAUUUCCCAUGAAAUCUUUUAAAGGUGAAAGCAGGGAUGCUGGAUUUCAAAGGACAAAGUUAUUUUUAAGGGGUCUUUAAAGGCAAUUUUAAAAUUCAAAUUUUUUAUGGCGUCCCACAAAGAUUCAUUCACAUGAAAUGCAUUUUUAUAAUCCUCUCGGAGGGGUCUGUAUGGUCGAGAAGACAAAGGUUUUAAAGGCUUCUCGAAAUCAGGCUUAAAAACGAUUUAAUGGGAGCUGCUGUCAUAGACGCCUUCAAUGAGUGUUCAAAAAUGGCCUGUAAUUGCUCGACUUUAAAAGACGUCAUGAAAGUUAUUUUACGGACAAAACGAAGGGACCUUUAUAAACAAUAGAAAGUAGUUGAAAAUGUCACAUAAAAGAAGUAUUGAAAGGGGUAUUGAAAAUGAGAAUUGAGAGGAAAGCUAAGAGUACAGGCGAUUUGAAUGCCAUCUUUAGAGACGAUGUGUUGUGGGUUUUAUUAUCAAUUUAAAAUGGGUAUUUUAGGUGAUUUGAAAGGCUACUUUGAAGAGGUCUUGAAAUUGGUCUUUGAAGAUGUUAUGAGGUGUCCUUAAAUCCUAAUAGAAAAUGGGGUGUCAAAGGGAUUAAAUAGUGGUUUUGUGGACGAAUUAAAGAGGGGGAUUUAUAGACUAUUUGAAAGAGAUGUUAAAACGAAUACAGUUUGAGGUAUUUUAGGUGCAUUGAAAGGUCUCUUUGAAGAGUUCUUGAAAUUGGUCUUUGAUGCCGAUCUGAGGAGUCUUUAAAUCCUAAUAGAAAAGGGGGUUUCGAGAGAAUUAAAUGGUGGUUUUGUGAACAAAUUAAAAGGCGAAUUUAUAGGCAACUAAAAAGUGAUUUUAAAAAAGUGCAACAAUGGUCCUAAACGGAAUUUGAAUAUGCCUUUUUUAUAGCAGUUUUGAUAUAAGCAUUUGAUAAGCAGAUGAUUUGAAAGGCUUUUUUGAAGAUGUCUUAAAAUUGAUCUUUGAAGCCGAUCUGAGGAGUCUUAAAAUCCUAAUAGCAAAUUUGUGUUCAAAGGCAUAAAAUGGUGGUCUUUUCGACAAAUUGAAAAGGGGGAUUUUUAGACGAUUGGAAAGAGAUGUGAAAACGUCGACUUUAAGGAGUCUAACCAUCAUCCCAAACGGAAUUUAAAAAUGCCUGCAAUUGACUUGUAUAAAUGACUUGAAAGGAAUAUAUCUCUGCAAUUUUCUAUGGCCGAUUCGAUUCGAGUAUUUUAGGUGAUUUGAAAGGCUUUUUUAAGAUGCCCUUAAAUGGGUCUUUGAAGACAGUUUGAGGGUAUUAUAGGCAAUUUGAUAGAUGUAUUUUAGGUCUCUUUGAAGAUGUCUUGAAAUUGGUUUUAGGAUUUUUUGAAAUGAAUUAAAUGGUGGUCUUGUGGACGAAUUGAAAGGGGGAUUUAUUUGAAAGAAAUGUUAAAACAACGACUUAAAGGAGUCUACCGAUGAUCCCAAAAGGCAUUUUAAAACGCCUGUAAAUGGGUUGUUUAAACGACUUGAAAGGAAUAUAUCUCUGCCAUUUUUAAUAGCCGAUUUGAUAUGAAUAUUUUACUUGGUGAAUUGAAAGGCUUUUUUGAAGAUGUCUCAAAAGGGUCUUUAAAAACAGUUUGAGGGUAUUAUAGUCAAUUUGAUAGAGGUAUUUUAGGUGAUUUGAAAGGCCUCUUUGAAGAUGUCUUGAAAUUGGUCUUUGAAGACCGUUUGAUGAGUCUUUAAAUUCAAACAAAAAAGGGAGUUUGAAAGGAAAUGAAUGGUGGUUUUGUGGACGAAUUGAAAAGGGGAUUUAUGGGCGUCAUAAAAGAGAUUUUAGAAUAACAAUUUAAGGAAUAUUCCGAUGAUCCUAAAAGGAAUUUUAAAACGCCUCCAAAUUACUUGUAUAAACUAUUUUAAGGAAUAUUCCUCUGCCAUUUUCAAUAGCCGAUUUGAUAUGAGUAUUUUUGGUGAUUUGAAAGGCUUUUUUGAAGAUAUCACAAAAUGGGUCUUUGAAUACAGUUUGAGGAGACCAUAAAUACCAAAAAAAAAGUCAGAAGAGAAUUAAAGGGUGGUCUUGUGAACGUAUAGAAUGGGAAAUUUAUAGGUGACUUGGAAAAUAUGUUAAAAGAGCGACUUAAAAAAUCUAACGAUGAUCCGAAAAGGGGUUUUAAAAUGUCUGGAAAUGAGUUUUCUAAGCGGUUUGAAAGGAAUUUUGCUAUGCCAAUUGAAACAAGUUUUUAAAACGAUUUGAAAAAGAUAUUGCAUGUAUACUGAAAGAAGAAGAUAGAUAUCAAUUUGCCUGUAAAACGACUUGGUCUAAACCGAAUGGGUCUAUGAAGACAGUUUGAGAUUUUAAAUUCCUAUAAAAAUCGGGGUUUCAAAGGAAUGAAAUCCCCCCUUUAAUGAUGAAUUGAAAAAUAGAUUUAAACGCCUUAUGAGAAGUUGCUAAAGACCACUUGAAAGAGGCCUACAAUACCACUUAAGAUUUGUCAUUGGGGGUGACUUGAAGGAUGCUUUUUAAAAUGACUUAAAUGAAAUCUUCAACGAUAGAUAGAUAAUAGAUCUAUAAAGACGUCAAGAAAGAGGUGUUUGAAGUCAAUUGGGAAGUGGAUAAAAGGUCAACUGAGGUAGGUUUUCCAUGGCGACUUCAAAGUGAUUUUUGAAGGCAUCUUGAAAGUCAUUUUAAAUUAUGAUUUGAAAUUAGGUUUUGAACGCCUUAGAAGGAGCUUUAAAUGGGGUCCUUGAGGGAGACUUGAAGGAUUUUUUAAAUGAAUUAAAUUAAGUCUUCGAAUGCGUCUUGAAUGAGGUUUUAGAGUCCACUUGAAAGAGAUCUAUAAAAGGACGUCAAGAAGGCAGCUUCAAAAUAUGACCUAAAAUAUGUUUUCCAAGGCGACUUCAAGGAGAUCUUUGAGGGCAGCUUGAAAGCCCUCUUUGAUGAUGAUUUGAAAUGAGGGUUUGAAUAAAAUAUGACAAGAAAGAACAUUGAAAACGUCUUAAAAGGAAUAUAUAAAGGGACACCCUUAAAGAUGUCAAUUAUAAAAAUAAUGUCUCCAAAGAAAUGGGAUUUUUUGAACAGACCUUCACUGAUGUUUGUAUAAAAGAACUUCCACCCGUAAAAGCCCAGAGAAAGAUUUGAAAAAAUCUCCUUUUUCUUCUAACAAUCUAUGAACCCCUGAAUAAAAACUUCAAUUUUUUUAAACGGCCCAGAGAAGGACUUGAAAAAAUUAUCCUUUUUCUUCCAUCGAUCUAUGAAACCCCUGAAUAAAAACUUCAAUUUUUUCAAACGGCCUGAGAAGAUUUUCUUUCUACAUAAAAUUUGGAAAUGGAGGCGGGUGACUUUAUUGGAAUGUCUUUAGAAAAAAUUAUCCUUUUUCUUCCAUCGAUCUAUGAAACCCUUGAAUAAAAACUUCAAUUUUUUCAAACGGCCUGAGAAGAUUUUCUUUCUACAUAAAAUUUGGAAAUGGAGGCGGGUGACUUUAUUGGAAUAUCUUUAGACACCAUAAGAACUUUUUGGGGCCUUUGGGUAUGUUUGUUGAAGCUAAAAGAGGCCAAUUAUAAAAAUGAAAGACUUGAAAAAUUCUCCUUUUUCUUCCAACAAUUUCAAUUUUUCAAACGACCUGGGAGAAGAUCUUCUUUCUACUAAAAUUUGGAAAUGGACGGAGAUGACCUUGUUGGAAUGCCAGUUUUUCGUCAAUUAGAGGUUAUAUGACGUGUAUUUGACUCGUAACUUUUCAGGUCUUUUGUAUUGCCCGUGUAGAACUCGGAUCGUAGUAACGUGGGGUACUUAUCGUAAAACAGCAAUCCUGUUUAUAUUUUCAAAAUAGAUUUUGUUUUAAAAUAUAUUUAUUGACAUUUUUGGCCCUGAAACAAUGAAAGAUAAUUAUUUAGAGGUCUUCUUCAAGUCCCAUGCUUAAUCUUUUUUCCAACGUUAAAUAAAAACUAUGACUAUUUCAAGGGAAUUUUUAGAUAUCUCUUAAACAGAUUAAGGAUAAUGUAUGUAACAUUACAUUUUUAAUUAUUUUAUGUUUUAAACAAAAACAUUCUUCGAAUUCCAUUUAGAAAUGUAUUUUAAGUAAAUAUCUUGAAUUUUUUGACCAAAUAACCGAUUAAGAAACCAACAAUUUCUUGUAUUUUGUUUCUAUAGUGUGACCUUUCAACUCUAUUUUAAAUUAAUUUUUUAAGACAGUUUAAUUUCCAAAACUGUAAUCUAUUGUUUAUUUUUUUUAUUUAUGAUGGUUCUUUUUGGAAAGAGAAUAUUUUAUGGGUUUAUUUUAAACAAAAAAAGGUUCAUUUUAAUUUUGCUGCUGCUCUCCUCAAAAAAAAAAAGAAAAACAAAUACUUUAUUAUUUUUUUUAAACACAUAAUUUUUUUAUCCGUUAAACGGAUAUUGCUCUAUUGAUUCUCUUCUUAUUUUGCUAUAGCAAUAUUAAAAAAAAUAUGAAAAAACACAAAAAUCACGAUUUUUAUUUUAAAUGUAAUUUUAAAUUUAUUUAAAAAAAAAAAAACAAAACAAAACAAAUAAACAAAAGGAAACAUAACAUGAAUCAAACACACACAUCGUUUCAUCAUCAUAAAUUAAUGACUAUUUGUGUGUAUGGUUUUUUGAAGAAAUUUAAAAAAAAAACGAUGUAUGUUUUCUCGAUAUGCUCUGUGUGGAUGAUGAUUCUUCUAAUACAACAAAUAAAAUAAAACAAAACAAAAAAA